GUGGCCUUAAGUAAUUGAAAAACGCGGCAACUUUGACAUGUCUUCGACGCUUGAUCGCAUUCGAGCCCACUUUGGCCACACGGAUCUGUACAGGAUCCUCCAUGUGAAGAAGACUGCCACGGAAAGCGAGCUCAAGACAGCGUACCGAAAGCAGGCCCUCAAGCAUCACCCGGACAAGAAUCUCGACAACGACGACGCGACAGAGAAGUUCCAGCUGCUUUGCACGAUCCAUGCCGUGUUGAGCAACGCCGACUCCCGCGCUGUGUACGACGAAACGGGAGAAAUCGAAGCCGACUCGUCCACUGACACCAAGUCGUUCAACGACUGGGUAGCGUACUGGCGAGCUCUUUUCCCUCCUUUGACGGAGAAUGACAUCACGAGCUUCGAAGCCACAUAUCGCGGAUCGGCAGAAGAAUCCAAGGACCUGUUGGAAGCGUAUAAAAAACACAAGGGCAAGUGGCAAAACAUCCUGGACGUGGUCAUCCUGGCGCGCGACGAGGACAUCGACCGCUUCGAAGACAUCAUCCAAGCGGCCAUCGACGACGGCUCGGUACCUCUUUUUCCUGCAUUCAAGAAGAAACCUGUUGUGGCAAAGAAGAGUGCGAGCGCUCGGAAGAAGCAGGACGCAGAGGCCAAGGCCGCCGAGGACUUGAUUGCUCAAAUUCGGGGGCGCAACGGCCGUUCGGCCAUGGCAAAGCGAAGUGCCCAGUUUGACUCGCUCCUUUCCAAACUCGAAGACAAGUACGCCCCAGACGACGACGAUGGGGAGUCGAAACCUUCCAAGAAGCGGCACACCUCCAAAUCCGAGGAACCGUCGGAGGAGGAAUUCCUCGCGGCUCAGCGAAGACUCGAAAAGAACAAGCGCAAGGAGUGAGGAAGCUGGUAAAUGUCCUGAACAUGCUUUGAAUUGGAUAGUAUACAUGGAAGUCGAC